GACACAUUCAAACUCACAUGGAGACGAGAAAGUGCGUUAUUGAAUCUCCUUCUCUGACAGAUGAACUAUUAGUUUUGAUAUUUCCAUUACACUUUAGUAAACACGUUAGCAGUGUGUACAACACUGCGCUAGAUUUAUUAACGCCUAAUUAAUAAAUUUGUUUCGAACGACAUGGCGACAGACGCGAAGAGACCGAAGCGGGAGGAUGGAUGCUCAGGCGGCAGUGUGGAUGAACCUCUGGAGAACUUCCUCAUGUGGUGUGAUGAAGUGAAGCUGAACCUCAGCAACAAGGUUUACCUCAGUAAAGAAGGCACAGCAGCAGACUAUGGCAUGCUCGCUAAAGAAGACGUAGAGGAAGGCCACGUCCUCUUCUCCAUCCCAAGAUGUGCUCUUUUACAUCCUGGCACUUCCAAAAUCAAGAAGGUUCUUGAAGAAGGACAGAACUGUUUGGAGAGCCCGUCCGGCUGGGUUCCGCUCCUCCUGGGGCUGAUGUAUGAGUACACCUCGGCCGAGUCGCACUGGAAGCCCUAUCUGAGCCUCUGGCCUGAUUUCAGGAAGCUGGACCACCCCAUGUUCUGGUCCAAGGAGGAGCGGGAGAAGCUGUUGAAGGGAACGGGUAUCCCUGAGGCAGUGGACACGGACCUGACCAACAUCCAGAAGGAGUACAACGACACGGUUCUGCCCUUCAUGCGCUCGCACCCGGAGCUGUGGGACCCCAAGCAGCACACUCUGGAGCUCUAUCAGAGUCUCGUAGCUUUCGUCAUGGCUUACAGCUUCCAGGAGCCGGUUGAGGAUGAUGAUGAGGAUGAGGAUAAAGAUCCCAACCCCCCGAUGAUGGUGCCCAUGGCGGACAUGCUCAACCACGUGUCCAAUCACAACGCCAACUUAGAGUACACAGCAGACUGUUUGAAGAUGGUGGCAGUUCGGCCUAUCAGGAAGGGUGAGGAGAUCUUCAACACGUACGGUCAGAUGGCCAACUGGCAGCUGCUGCAUAUGUAUGGCUUCGCCGAGCCUUUUCCCACCAACACCAACGACACGGCCGAUGUCCACGUGACCGCCGUCUAUAAAGCGGCUGAACAAGCAAUACAAAACGAAGCUGAGCAGCGCCUCCUGGUGGACAAAUGGAAAAUGCUGUGCGACAUGGACGUAGUCCAGGAGAAAGGUGUCUUUGUUUUUGGGAAGAGCGGUUCUCUGACAGAUACAGAGCUCUACACCACACUGAAGGUGAUAUGCAUGACCAAAGAGGAGUUUCGAGACUUCCAGGAGAACGAAGGCUGGGAGGAAGACGAAGGCGACGAGGAGGAUUCCAGAGCGGCCCAGGCUAUGAGUUUCGAGGGAAUUUCAGCUUUGACACCACAGUGGAAGCGACUGCUGCACACGGCUGCGGGCUUCACGCUGAACCUGUUCGCCGAGGACCUGGAGUCCGAUCUCAGGGUGAUGGAGGAACCAAAAGCUCUGGCAAAUCUCGGCCACAGGGAGAGGAGAGCGCUACACGUCCGGCUCGGCCAGAAGAGCAUCGUCCGGAAGCUUCAGCAGCUCACAGCAACAUCAGUCAACCAGCAGAGAUAAUCAUUCUAAUGUUUUCUCAGGACAAAGAAAAUGCUAAAUACAAAUAUUAGAGUGUAAAUCUUCCAUUACAAAUUCUGUCUGAAUCGUGUCCAAAACAAAUGGCAUCAUGAAGCAAGUGAUGGAGAACCAAAUAUUUUGAUUAGAUGAAAAACGGAAGCCUGUGAUAGGAGUGGAAACAGCUGAGAAAGCCGAUACUGCCGAGCUGAAUGUUCAGAAGAAAAAAUAAAAAAUGUUUAACAUUUU